AUGGCAGUACAACACAUCACAGAGAAUAGCAACAAUGACGUGAAGGGUAGCUUCCUAGAAGCGACCUCGUCCGGUAGGGUUCGUCAUGAGCUGCAGGUGACACCAGACCGUCAUCAAGCUACUGCGCUGAAGAACAAACAUCUGCUUAAAAUUACUACCUGGAAUGCUAGAACAAUGAAUAAAGCUGGAAAGUUGGAAAUCAUCAAGGAGGAAAUGAACAGAUUGCACAUCAAUAUCAUGGGCAUAUCUGAGAUGAGAUGGACAGGAGCUGGAGCUAUAUCAUCAGAAAACCAUAAGAUCAUAUACUCAGGAUGCGAACAGCACGAGCGAGGAGUUGGCAUCAUUGCAGACUCGAAAACAUCUAAGGCUUUACUAGGAUACUGGGCCGUUUCUGACCGCAUUCUGUUGGCAAGGUUUAAGGGGAGUCCUAUGGACAUCAGCAUAAUUCAAACAUAUGCACCCACUACUAAGAGCAGUGACGAUGACAUAGACAGAUUUUAUGCCCAGUUAGAUCAGGCAUACUAG